AACGCUGUACCAACAGAAAACCACAUCAUCGAAUUGAAAAAAACAUGGCGAAAGAAAAGAUCGUCCGCUUGCUGAAGGAGAAAAAUAUUACAGAUGCGCGUUCAAUACGGCACCAGAACAUCGAUCCCAGCCAUAUUAAGUAUGUUGGCGGAUUACGGACGAUGGUUGAUUGCAGCAAAAAGUUAGUCCAGGCAGUUAACGAUAUCAACAUUUUCCAGAAUGCAGGAAAGCAGAGGAGGAAAUUGCAGCACAGGUUCCAGUGGAAACAUCAACAUCGAGCAGUUUUUCAUGGUCACGCAGCAACAGCCCGCAGGCAUGCCUUUGAAUAUAUAGUGUUUCAAUUAUUUGUGGAAGUGAGUGAAAUUUAAAAAAAAAUGUAAUAAGAUGAAGUAAAU